AUGUCGACCAAGGCCAACAUUAUAAGCCACGAGUUCCUGCUGAGUGAGCAUUACGGUGAUGUGUCUCCACGCGGAGCACCGCAAUUGCUAUCCACUGCUACGGAAACGAUCCGGUCCAAGUGCGCCUUCAAUGCUGGACCCGCGGCUCGCCCCGACAUAAGCUGGCGCGAGACAAGAGUGUGA